UGUCAAACAGUUAUACUUUUCUAGCACGGACGCCGAAGAAAGUCAUUGAAAUCAUUAUUUAAGGGUUACUCUCAAGUUAUGGGUAAAAAUGGAUGAGCCAAAAGAAUACUUCUAUGGCCGUGCCGAACGCUCGGCGAGUUUUACGGAUGUAAACGACUGUAGUAAUCUAUGGAACGAAGACGAAGUCAUCGCAAUGGACAUUUACACUGCUUGUGCUAUCGGCGAAUACAGCUGUGUACAACAGCAUCUAGCAGAUGGAGUGGAGUUAGCCGAUCUUGAUAAACCCAACUGUGGUGGGUGGACUCCUCUAAUGUACGCUGCUUACGUUGGCCAUGACAAUAUAGUUAAUCUGCUCCUCGACUACCAUGUUAAUGUGAACGCGACUACAGCAGAAAAUGGGGCUAACGCGCUUAUGCUUGCGGCAAGUUGUGGAAAUGAAUCUGUUGUUUACUUCCUACUGCAGAACGGUGCUAAGAUCGAUGCUCAGGACAAGAGAGGUUGGACUGGUUUGUUUUAUGCAACGUACCAAGGACAUCACAAGGUUGUACAGUUGUUGUUGGAGAACGGUGCUGACAUGGAGUUAAGGGAAUAUAGAUUUGGCCUGACUCCGUUACUGGCAGCUGCAAAGGAAGGACAUGAAGUCAUAUUUGAAGAACUUGUUAGAUGCAAUGCAAACAUGAAUGCCCACACAAACCGUGGAGAGGAUGCACGAUCUUUGGCUCUGCGGAAAGGGAACAUGACUGUAGUAAACGUAAUUAAUCAGCAGGCCUUUCUCAAUAUGCCAAACAUUAUGCUGCGGAGUGAACCUGGUCUUGUACCUGAUGACAGUGACCAUGUUGAAGAUAAGGUUUGUGCAGCGCUUCAAGGAAAGAAUGUGAUCCCAAAGGUUGGGAUUCAAGAUGGACCAGAGGCCUUUAAAAAGUUGAUGAGCAGUCAUCAGAAUGAUGGAAAGCCAGUGAAUAUUCCUAGUAUGAUGGGAGAACAGGAAAGGGCCAGCCAUUUUGUCGGAAGUCCAUACUGUUUAGCCAACACACCAGGCACUCCUGUUGGUAGUUAUGAAUCUGAGCACUUUUUCAUUAACUGUGGCAGAACUGUUGAAAGUGCUAGCUUGCAUAAAAAACUACAGAAAAUGCACAGUACUGGAAGUGAUGCCAGUAGACAACUUCAAGUUGGUGAAGCUUCACCUAUGAAACCAACUAUUGCAAACUUUCUGGAAGAUUUGAAUUUGACAAAAUAUAUUUCCAUAUUUGAAGAUCAAGAUGUGGAUUUUAUUACACUACUAACCCUCACAGACAGUGAUCUAAGAGAAGUUGGAAUUUCAUUGUUUGGUCCAAGAAGGAAAAUUCUUACAGCAAUAUCAGACUGGAAGGAAGAAAAUAAUUAUUUGAACACAGAAAAUGACAGAAAAGCUCUGGAGGAAUGCCAACAUCAAGCUCACAAAAUAGAAGCACAGCUUCUUAAUGCCACUUCUGAAGUGAAGCAGCUUCAAACUCUUCUCUCUCAGGAGAAAGACUUGCGUCUUUGUGUUGAAGGUUGUCUUGUGGAAGAGAAGGCUAAACGACAAGAGAUUUACAUGAGGGUGUGUCAAAUGAGGGAACACUGGCAACAAGUGGAAGAAGAAGGGGAAAAUUUAAAAUCUCUAUGCAGAGAAUUAGAAGAGAAUGGUAACUUUUCUCAGGCAAGAGUGAAAGAGGUGUAUUGUAAACUAGCAAGCUCUAUUGAAAAUCUGGGAAAGGUUGUUCAGUUAGGUAAAACUGGUAUCAGUUCUAUUUUGUAUGUGGAUCAGAAUUCCCAAGAUGGGAAUUCCUCUGAAUCCUCUGGUAAUUCAAGUUCCUAAUCUUAACUCUUUAUAAACGUGAGCUGACGAGCAAGUCUCACACAAUACAAUGUGGCAUGAAAGUUACAUAUGAUACACUGCUUAGCUUCCUAUGUUCCUUGCCCCAUUUAUCCAUUUUGUCCCAGUGAUUUGGUGUAGCUAUUGUUCCUGUUAUGUAACCAAGUUGUUUUAACUCUGAGGGCCUGGGGGGAAUCUUUUCAUGAUCUGGGCAACCACAAAUCAUUAGGCAUUGACCAUCAAGCACUUUGCUACUAACCUUCACGGUGUUUUUUGCGUAACUUUACUAUUCAUUAUUCAAUAUAAAGGGUGAAAUUGUGGUGAAGUUGUGGUGGUAUGCUUUUAAAAUCACUCAUUUGCACUGAAUAAUCAAUUCUGGUGUAACAUAGAUAGAUGUUAUUGAGAAGUCAGAUGAAUUCUUGUUUCUGAUUCCAUUUUAUAACUUCUGCUUGUGCGUGUAGAUACUCUUGGCAAAGCUUCUAUUUAGUACUUUCUAUUUAGAGUACAGCUCAUCAGUUCUUAUCUUCUCUUUCUCUUGGUGAUAGAUAAACUUGUUGAUUGGCCACUGAUGUGAUGUAAUGUCUUAGAUUUUUCAUUGAAUUUGGCCUGAAAAUACUAGCUUGUAUAUGGUCUUUUGUUGCUUACAAAAUAAAUUGAAAUGUUACUUAGUAGACAGUUAAACUUCUUUCUUGCAGUAAAGGCAGUAAAUGCUUGUGAAUAUUUCUUCCAAUUAUUUUGUUAAUGAAGUUCUUGUUACUGGUAAGUUUUACUUUGAAAUUAAUUUAUUGAGAUUAAUACUUAUGAAAGAUAUCAGCAGUAUCCUCACCCCUCAAGGGAUUGGGACAGAGAGAUAUCAGCAGUAUCCUCACCCCUCAAGGGAUUGGAACAAAGAAAUUCUGACACACUUCAGAAUUUAGUCAAUAAGUACCCCAAUAUGCAUUGCAUCAUUUAUUCAAUAAAAAUUAAUUUAUUAAGAGUUUAUGGAAUUCAGAGUUGAGGUGUCCUUACCCCUCAAGGGAUUGUGGGGUAAGGAUACUGUGCUGCAAUGCAGAUUGAUUCGAUUUAUGGCUCUAUAAAAAGAAAUUGCACCAUUAUUGAAUAAAUAUUUUAUAUUUGAGACUGAUCUUAAAUUUUUGUGUCAAAGUGAAGUAAAUUUUGUUAUGAAGAAACUCAAACAGGCAAAGGUACAUGCAUGUAAAGUAGAGAGCCACAUAACAAGUUUAGUAACUGGAGAGGAUGUUAAAGAAUAAAAUCAACUGUUUUCAUU